ACAUACACACAGAGUUAACCAUGAAAAUGUCUGGAGGAACCAAGUUUCUUUCAGUUCUUACAAUCCUCAUCUUCUUGCAGCUCUCUGACACCCCAUUUGCCGAACAGAACCAGCAUUGUGCACCUUCUAGUUGUGGGCAUAUUAAGAACAUCAGCUACCCCUUUCGCUUGAAAAAUGAUCCAAAGCAUUGUGGCGACGAAAGGUAUGAAUUGAGCUGUGAAGGGAAUCGCCCCAUAUUCACGAUAUUUAUGGAACGUUGGAAUGGGUCCCUGAACUACUAUGUGCAAGCCAUCAAUUAUGAUAACUCCACUAUCCGCCUUCUAGAUCCUGGUAUAAGAGAACAAGUUCUUUGCUCUCUUCCGCAGCAUUCAAUUACAUUUUACACUCUCCCUUUUCAAUUUGGUUUUACUAAACCUGAUGGUUCUUCUGCUCCUUUAGCUGUGCCAAUCACUAUUUUCAGCUGUCCAUUUGCUAUGAAUUCUCCCGCCUUUGUGGAAAUUUCUUAUUGUCUCAACAGGAGUGAUGCUUCCAGUUUUCCUUCCAAGGGACACACGUAUGCAGCCAUGGGCGAAUUAUCAGCAUCUAAUUUGAGAGUGGGGUGUACUCUAAACCUCAUGUCAAUGACUUCAUGGACUAUUGAUGAUGCAAAUGUUUAUAUUUCAAUCUUAGAGCUGCAUAAUGCUUUGGCAUAUGGGUUUGAACUUUCAUGGUUUCGUGACAUUUACUGUAACAAUUGCGGCUCUUAUUAUGGUUGCAAAGGUGAAAGUUCUAGGGAUGUUCGCUGUACGGAUUGCACGGUUUACAAUUUUCAUUUCUUCAAAACUUCAUGUGUUACUCAAAGACAUCUCCUCCGCGUUCUUGCAAGAUUCAUUCCAUUUGGGCUUAGCCUUUUGGCAAGAAUGGUACUAUUCCCAUGCAUAUUUGUGUUUCUAAUGAUUGAAUUACGAAGAAGGCAUAUGUCGAUCUUUGAUGCAAUUGAAAGUUUCCUGCAUAGUAGAAACAAUUUCAUGCCCAUUCGAUACCCCUACUCCAGCAUAAGGAAGAUGACUAGGAAUUUCAAAGAGAAAUUGGGCCAAGGAGGUUAUGGUUCAGUAUAUAAAGGCAAGCUCCGAAGUGGUCCUGAUGUUGCAGUGAAGAUCUUGACCAAGCCCAAAGCUGAUGGGCAAGACUUCAUCAACGAGGUUGCCACAAUCGGGAGGAUUCAUCAUGUUAACGUAGUACAACUUAUUGGCUAUUGUGCUGAGAGAUCUAAACGUGCCCUCGUAUAUGACUUCAUGCCUAAUGGAUCACUUGACAAGUACAUCACACCCCGAGAAGGAGGAGCUCUACUGAGCUGGCAAAGAAAGUCUGAGAUCGCUCUUGGAGUUGCUCGAGGUAUUGAAUAUUUGCAUCGAGGUUGUGACAUACAAAUUCUACAUUUUGACAUCAAGCCGCACAACAUACUAUUGGAUGAGAAUUUCGUUCCAAAAAUUUCUGACUUUGGUCUUGCCAAAUUAUACCCCACGGAUAACAGCAUCGUUACUCUAACAGCAGCAAGGGGAACAAUCGGAUAUGUAGCUCAAGAACUCAUCAACAGAAGCAUUGGUCCCAUAUCUUAUAAGGCAGAUGUUUAUAGCUUUGGAAUGUUACUUAUUGAGAUAGCAGGUAUGAAAAGAAACUCGGCAGCAAGAGAGGAUAUGUCAAGCCAGUAUUUCCCACAUUGGAUCUAUGAUCAAUUCGACAAGGAAAAGGAAAUUGAAGUACCAGACGAGACGCAUGAUGAUGAAAAGAUCAUAAAGAAGCUCACUUUAGUUGCUUUGUGGUGCAUACAAAUGAAUCCACUCGAUCGCCCCUCAAUGACUAAAGUAGUUGAAAUGCUUGAAGGUGAAAUACAGGCUUUGCAAACGCCUCCCAGGCCUUCUGAAUCACUGCAACCAUCUCCGUUGGAAUUCAAUCUGAGUUCUUCACUAGGUUCAACCGAGUCUAUAAUUUUGUUUGAGAAUUGUUCUGAUUCUGCAAAAGUAGAUGUAAUUGUUGGUUGACAUGUGAGUACCACAAACUGUAACUUCACAGUAUGUAAUACCUGUGCUCUAGAUCCGCGUAGCUCUUUAGGAAUUUCUCUACCGGAUUAGUUGAGUUUAUGUUGUAUUUACUUUACCGAUAUUGUUAAUUGUUCACAAGCUCUACCCGGUAUUCACAAGGUAGGGGUAAGGUCUGUGUACAAACUACCCUCCCCGGACCCCACGGUGCGGGAUAAUACCGGGUAUGUUGUUGUUGUAAGCUCUACACGGUUGGCAUAA